AUGUCUUCCCUAAACAACACUGAUGAUGGAACCAACCCUCUAAUCAAUCUCAUGUGUGAGACUGUCGGCAUCGUUCCUCCUGGGGCAGACGCAUACACUAGCCGACCGGGCACCCCUCUCACGGCCGAGCAAACCCAGUGGGUUCUCUUACUUAUCCAAGAGCAUAAGCAGCAAGGCCGGCACCCCUUCGGAGGUCGUGCCACUCAAGAAGCUGGAAGUAGUACCAGCCAGGACGCCGCCGCGCCCGCGGCUGAGACUCCCUCAGUCGAGAACCCCCCAGUCGACGAGAACCCCCCCGUCGAUCAACAGCCGGCCCAGCCCGCCAACCAUGGCUUGACGUGCAGCCAAUGCACCAAGGUGUUUAAGUCAAAUAGGACUUACCAACAGCACCUAGGUGAUGUGCAUGUUGGCACAAGGUGCUUCUGGGAUAACUGUGGGUUCACGACUAGCACCGAAGCACAACUCAAGCGCCACAUGAAGUCGCACAAUGACCGUGCUGCGCAGGGAGUUACCGAUGGACACAUGAUCUGUCAUUGGAAAAACUGCGGCAAGAAGUGCACUACCAUGGGGACAGUCCAACGCCACAUCUGCCGCCAUGCCAUCAAGGCAAAGAAGGCUGCUGGUAACCAUUAA